AUGCAACAAAUUGAAAAUACACAUUCAUCAUUACCUGGUAUUGUUGUUGUUGGUCUUUUACUUGAUUAUUUAACAAGAUAUUAUCAUCAUAAAAAAUCAUUAACAACAAAUACAGAUGAACAAAUUGGUUCAACAUUAGAAACAUCGUCAUCAUCAACAAUAACAUUGACGAUUAAUAAAACAAAUAAAUCUAUAUUAAUAACAACAACACAUCAAUAUGAAAAUUUAAAUCUCUCAUGUACAUCACUAAUAACAAAUAGUACACAAUAUGAUGAAUCAAUUGAAACAACAACAAUAAAUGAACAAAUUAAAGUAAAUAAUAAAUAUGAUUAUUUAAUUGAAUUUUGA